CGCCCGCCGUCGCCACUCCAUCACGAUCCGCUAGCGAGAACACUGUACUGUGAACUGUUUCGUUUUCGCAACGUUGAUAAUCAACACGUAAAUUAAACUUUGAGUUUCGUAUCAUUUGGUGACCAUGACGCGGACACUGUUCAUCAUUUUGGUGGUCUGCACGCUUUCAGCCAUGACUGCUGUUCCGAGACUUAGGAGAGCUAUGAAUCCUGAGGAAGAAGAAAAUGAAACACCAAGCUUCAAAAGUACUCGGGGUACGAGUAUUAUAUGUGCACCGCAGACUCCCUGUGCGUGGUAUAUUUACAACGCGUAUUCCAAAGUAAUCUCCUCGAACAUUACGAAUUCAUAUUGUGUUUGUGGACCUGGCACAACAUGUGAGAUAAGUGAAAAUGAUGAAACUGGAAACACGUAUAUCUACCGAUGCCGAGAGACGCCGGAAAGCUAGCGAGUGCAGGAGUAUAAUAUGAGGCAUGUUUCUGUGAAGAAGAAGAAGACUGUAGGUUCUUAUUCAUCAAAAAUUUGGUAGUUCAACAAGUCAUAUCCGUGGAUCGAAACACUGUAAUGUCAAAGUGAAAUGGAGCUAAGGUUGCUAAUUUUAUAUUCCUAAAUUCUGUAUUAAAGCUAUACUCAUUCUUAUUUUGUAAACGUUCUACCGAGAGCGCUGAUUUUAGGAUAUGACGAAUUUCAGUUUAACAGCUAGGUACUGUUACAGUGUUGUUCCUUAAAAUCGAUUCUUGGGUUGCGAGCGUUACAUCUCAGACAAACAAGCGAGAACGUCUUAGGUAGUUAAUGGACAGUUUCGUUUAUACUCAGAGUUUGGGAUAAGUGCAAUCUACAACUUUCAGGGUUUUUAAAUGACCCUCGCUAGCUAUCUACAAAAUGGCCAGUUUAUUGUGAAAUCAAAAUAUGCGGAGCUAUAAAAAUUAGUAUUAACUAUAAGAAGAUUUUUUUUUCCGUAGUGAAUAGGACAGUGAAAUAUAAGCUAAGAAUUUUCUAUACAUUUUAUGCCCGGUUUUUUUAUCGCUUACCUAUUAUUUUUUAACUUAUUAAUUUGACGUUUUCGCAGUUGUUUUAGAGGAAAUCUGCCAAAUUAAUUUCAAUGUUAGUUAAUGGAUAUCUAACUAUUAGGUCGUAAGUUUCAUUAUUAAUUUAUUUGAUUAACAAUAUGUAACAAACCCUUGAUACUUAUAUACUAAGUAAUUUGAAAGUCUAUUUUAUAAAUAGAUACUAUUAAGCCAGGGUUAAGUAUCUACACGUGAAAUUGUUGAUGAAAUUAAGGGCAUGAAACUAAUUUAGUAGGUAUCUAAUGUAAAUCUGACUUUAGGCUAAUCUGACUUAGGUGCUUAAUCGCAUUAUCAGGUCACAAUCAGACAGGAAUACAUACUCUCAAGUUUAUAAUAUUACAUCCGAUGAGCACCUCAAGGUGAUUUAAGCGGUGUACUUCGUGGGCAUGGAAUUCCUGAUUUUCCGUGGGCUUGUGAAGAUUCCCGAUAAUACAUAAUAGGUAUGCCAUUCUCCAAAAAGAAAGCUACGGGUACAUUACCAAUGUUCUUAAGAUUAGUUCAAAAAUUUAUACUGUAGAUGGCUACAUGGCGUUUAUAGUUAUUUUAAUAUAUUAUUUAUAGGAUUAUUACUACAACCGAAAUUUCAAGGCAUUCUGUCAUCCCUCUUUAUUCCUUCUUCUACCGGGCCGGUUUCAGCUUUUCAAACUUUUGCUCUGUUGUACGUGCAUGCCUCAUUAUUAACCUAAAUGCGAAUUCCAGUGUCUCUAAUUUCCAAAACAUAGGACUUUCAUACAAACAUACGAACCCUGUUUUAACCCGUUUGGGGUUUGGAAAAAAAUAAAUUCUUUACUGAUGUAUUAUUAUGUACUCCAAACAAAACCUAUUUCCUAAAUUUGUCAGGUUUGUUGACUUAGUUAUUAAAAAAACCUGUAGAAACCCCUCUUUUACUAGCCUUGAAAGGGGAUAUCUAAAAAAAAAGGGGAUAUCUAAAAAAAACGGCUAAUUUGGGUGUCUCUAACGCUACGUUCUAAAUUUUAGGUUUGUAGACUUAAGAAUUAAAAAAAAGUAAAAACUCUCAUAUUUUAACAUCCUUAAGGGAGGGAUUUUCCAAAAUAAUUUACGCAUUUUUUUAUAUCUAACUUCAAAAACAAGGACUAUACAAACUUCCAACCCCUAUUUCAUAAUUUCAUAUAAUUUCUCAAAACCGUUUAUUACCUGACACAACCUUUCUAGAAGGAAUCUACCUUUAAAAUUAAAAGUUUGUAGACUUUAUAGUUCCUGAGAUAGUUCCUAGUGGGUUUCUCUCUUAUAUAUUUAAAUAAUUUUAAUACAUACUUAAUUUAAGUUAUUACAAUUUAUGAUUAAGAAAAUAAUUAAAUAUCUGUAUUAUCAAAUUGUGCGUAGGAAAUGAUUGGUAGGUACAACACACCGUACCUACAAUGAACAGUCGGAUGUUCAAAGUCCAAAUUGGCAUAGAAUACAAAAAUGGUUGGCUUUUGCUGGAAAAUUGAUGCUCAAAGUUGGUGAGCCCCUUUCGGCAUAAUCCUACCGUCGAACAAACUGUUCGAUCUGCGGGCACCGAAGUCCGGACGAACGUUGUACUAGUAGUGAAAACGUCGAGCGAUUCGUGCAACUUUAGACUUUAUGUACAUGGUGACAGAUAAAAUUAUACACAGAUAGACAGCAUAGUAUAUAAUAAUAAAUUCUUAUACUAUAAGGUGAGGUGACACGUCUAUAGCCGUCAUCAUGGACAUCUAUGGACGCGUUAUUCUCGUGAACUAUGCUACUACUACUAUAUUCCGCCUUGAGGCCAAACGUAAAGCGAAAGCCAAACCUGCGUCUGUUCGAACACGAAGUUCGAAGACGAAUAUGUUUAUCAACAAAAUAACAAUCUACUAUUACAUUUUACUUUAUACUGAACCAUUAGUAACCUUACUCUAAACUAUUAUCUGUUGUGGUGAAAGUUUGACAUUUAUAGUGGAAGUGAUACUUACACAUUUCUUUUACCACAUAUCAGCAUAAAUUGCCAUGUUGUCUAAAGUUAUUCAAAAUACACAGCUUUGAUCGUAGCCACUGUGUGGAUAAGGAACACCCAUUGGUACGUUAUUACGUAUUGGUAAAAAAAAUUAUAUGUAUUCACUAAUAUCGGACAUUCACAGUAACUCUUGCGCAUAAUAUCGGACACAGAAACAUGUUUAAUUAUUGGUUAAAAUUUAUGAAGCUUUCUUCGUCUCUUUCCUAUUCAUUAUUACAUACGAGGCCUGCUGUAUUUAUUUAAUAAAUAUCUAUUUGUAAAGUAAUUUAAUUAUUGGAUACAAUUGUCAAAAGUACUUAUUAGAUUUAUAGUGCCUGGUUUUAUACAUACCUAAUUAGGUGGUGCUGUGUGUUGAAAUGCCAGGUUACAUAGCCUUCAGCGAGCGUUCGCGAUGGUGUGCUGGCGUUUUCACCUUGUCAAUGAUCGUAAGGCUCACCAAUGCGUUCGUGGUAGGACACAUUUGUUUGACCUUGCCAUACUGAAAAUAUGUUGUCGGCGAACUCAGAAAUACAAUUAACUAUAAUUUUAAACUAGCUGAACUCUGAAGCAUUUAGCUGUAGACCCGUUUGAUAUUCGAAUUGGAACUCUUAUAGAAAUGCAACGUUCCUAUAUUAAAAAUUCAGCUUGAAUGAAUGAAUUUUUAUACUUAGUUUUUUAGAAACAGCACCAUCUUUACGGCAUAAAGUUAUCUCUCGCUUUACUGAAUAAUCUAUUAAAUUUACCCAGGCUGAGCCACACCAACACACAGUGGGUAGAUUUAGUGUUUUUAAAACUUGUUAGUUUAUAUCUUACGCAUGAAAUAAUAUUAACCGUCUACGGACUAGUAUACCUUCUAUACGAUAUAUAGUAUAAGAAUAGUACAUUCGUAGCGUUACUAUCCAUUUCAUUUACGAGUAAAAUAAAUAAGCACGUCAUUUUAAAGUUCCUAUGUUGAUUGUUGUUGAGUGAACCCGCACGGCAGUGAAACAUUGUUUUAAAAUAUUAGUAGGGAUGUAAAUAGUAAAGCACACUACUUUUCAAAAAAGUAUUUGAAUUCCAGUACUUUAUCGAUUAUCACAUAUUAAUACUAGGGUACUUAAUAACUGAGAUCAACAAAAAGGGAAUACACCGGCAUCAGCCACGUGUCCGGUGUCCGUCACUGAAGUGUCAAUAUUUUUAAAUAUUCGGUGACGUGGCAGUGACGUGACUGAACCGUGACGUGUGUAUGAAAUGUGCUUUCAGAAGGAUGGGGAUCGACCACGGCGAUUUCCUAACUCUAGGCUGGUAGGUAACUAGGUAUAGAGAAUUACUUGACAAAAUCCCAAUGCUAAAUAGAGUGUAUGAAAUUCAUUUUUUGUAAAAAAAAAUAUAUUUUAUAAGAACAACUUAAAUAAUCGUGAAAUUAAUGAAAAGAUUUUUUAAAACUAUUUCAUUUAUUUUGUAAAAUGCUUUGCGACAAUGUUCGGCUUGUUUGUGAGAGCACCAUACCUAAUAUUAAUUUGUGUUUAAACAUUAUUUAAAGUAUUCUUACUUAAGAUUAAGUAGGUAAGUGUCUACUGUACACUAGUUUCUAGUGCUUUUGUUUAGUUUGGUAACAUAAGAUAUAAUUACAUACAAUGUUAAAUCGCCGUUAGUGUUAGUAUUUGAUUUAAAUAAAAACUUUUUAAAGGCUA